UUGAAAUUAUUGCUGAGAGAGCAUGUGUUAUAUGGUAGCACAGUGUGAUAUGGGUUAGAACAAAAGAGACUGAAAGGAAGAUAAAGUUGAGAUCAAAUAGCUUUCUUUUAAAGAGAUGAUUUUUUUUAAAUCGGCUGUUUGUUGGCAGUCACGACUGCUUCGUGUUUAUAUAAUGAACGUUUUUGGUGUGUUUGAAAUAAUCCUCUCCGUCUCGGAAAGAACUCAAUCGGUAUUUUUAAAAGAUGUACAUCCCCGAGCGGAAGUGUCUUUCCUACUAGCCCCCCUGCCCCUCUCUGAAAACUGAGCGUGUUGAGUACGUACGGUAUUACUCAUAGGUUCAGCCUUUCUGGGUGCAGCUUCGUGAUCUGGAUUCACAAGCGAGCUAUAAAGCCCCGAGGCGACCAAAACACCUGCAAAUAAGUCACAUUAGCCUCGGAAGGCAACACUUGACCGCGUGAUUUCCAACCCAGCAAACUGACCUGGUCGAUCCCCCCUCACCCCCCGCCUGUCUGCCGUCCAUAUUGGAGCCGAGGAGGUGGUGGCAGCGGUGUGAUUCGUGCCUGCGUCGGAGCAGACCAACCGGCGAUUCACGCUUUAAAAAAGCAAAUCCAAGUGCUUGUGGCAAAAGGUCAUCUCGAAUUAAAUUCCGAGGCGCAUUGGUAUUCCGACGUCGUUUCUGGCGGAGUUUAUAAGCUGCGUCUCCCACCCAAGGUUAGAAUUCCCCCGGCUUUUUUGGACACUUAGUAAGUGUGGGUUCGCUCGCUCUCCUCCGCGUAAAUUCUUUACUGUCCACCCACCAGAGAAAUAUUGAAGGAAAAUACGGAACCAAAGGACUUCGACUUUCUGAAGUGAUGGCAUCCUCUGCUCCAUCCUCCUCCAACGCCAAUCAGGACUCCAACCCCACUAAUUUACGACCCACAACUUACGACACCUGGUGUGAUGUGGCUCAUGGAUGUACCAGAAAAAUUGGUCUCAAAAUAUGUGGGUUCUUGCAAAGGAAUAACAGCCUGGAAGAUAAAAGCCGGAUUGUGAGCUCUCUCAAAGAAAGGCAAUCUUCCAAGAACCUGCUGGCUUGUGAGAACAGCGAGAGGGAAGCCAGGUUCAGGCGGGCCGAGACAGACUUCUCCAAUUUAUUUGCUAGAGAUUUGCUGCCUGCCAAGAAUGGCGAGGAGCAGACCAUGCAGUUCCUGCUGGAGGUGGUUGACAUUCUCCUGACCUACGUGAGGAAGACGUUCGACAGGUCCACCAAAGUCCUGGACUUCCAUCACCCGCACCAGCUGCUGGAAGGGAUGGAGGGCUUCAACCUGGAGCUCUCGGACAACCCCGAAUCCCUCGAGCAGAUCCUGGUGGACUGCAGGGACACGCUGAAGUACGGAGUCAGGACAGGUCAUCCUCGUUUUUUCAACCAGCUCUCCACUGGACUGGAUAUUAUUGGCUUGGCUGGUGAAUGGCUGACAUCAACUGCAAAUACUAACAUGUUUACAUAUGAAAUUGCACCUGUUUUUGUCCUCAUGGAGCAAAUAACGCUUCGAAAGAUGAGAGAGAUUAUUGGAUGGUCAAAUAAAGAUGGUGAUGGAAUAUUCUCACCUGGAGGGGCCAUAUCCAAUAUGUACAGUAUAAUGGCUGCUCGCUACAAGUAUUUCCCUGAAGUCAAAACUAAAGGCAUGGCUGCAGUUCCUAAACUGGUUCUCUUCACUUCAGAACAGAGUCACUACUCAAUAAAGAAAGCUGGGGCUGCACUUGGGUUUGGAACAGAAAAUGUGAUUUUGAUAAAAUGCAAUGAAAGAGGGAAAAUAAUACCAUCUGAUUUGGAAGCCAAAAUUCUGGAAGCGAAGCAAAAGGGACAUGUUCCACUUUAUGUAAAUGCAACCGCAGGCACAACAGUGUACGGGGCCUUUGAUCCAAUAGAAGAGAUCGCAGACAUUUGUGAAAAAUAUAACCUCUGGCUCCAUAUAGAUGCUGCUUGGGGAGGUGGACUUCUAAUGUCCAGGAAGCAUCGUCAUAAGCUGAAUGGAAUAGAAAGAGCCAAUUCGGUCACAUGGAAUCCACACAAGAUGAUGGGAGUUUUGUUACAAUGUUCGGCCAUUCUGAUUCGGGAAAAGGGUAUACUUCAAGGUUGCAAUCAGAUGUGUGCAGGAUAUCUGUUUCAGCAAGAUAAACAAUACGACAUAUCCUAUGACACUGGAGAUAAAGCAAUACAAUGUGGUCGUCAUGUGGACAUUUUCAAAUUCUGGUUGAUGUGGAAAGCUAAGGGUACAGUAGGAUUUGAAAAUCAGAUCAACAAAUGUCUGGAAUUGUCAGAGUACCUCUAUACUAAAAUUAAAAACAGGGAAGAAUAUGAGAUGGUUUUUGAUGGAGAGCCUGAACACACAAAUGUAUGUUUCUGGUACAUUCCUCAGAGUCUCAGGGGCAUACCAGACUCUGAGGAGAGAAGAGAAAAGCUACAUAGGGUGGCACCAAAAAUCAAAGCUCUGAUGAUGGAGUCAGGUACCACAAUGGUUGGAUAUCAGCCUCUGGGAGAUAAAGUCAACUUCUUCCGAAUGGUUGUCUCAAACCCGGCGGCAACUAAGUCUGACAUUGACUUCCUCAUUGAAGAAAUAGAAAGAUUGGGGCAGGAUCUGUAAUACUCUUGGCAAACUAUUUAUUCCUCUAGUCCACUGUUUUCCAGCACUGGCUUUUUUACCCAGUUCUGCAGAACACCCUUUAAGGAAAUUCCCUUUCUAAAUGUUCCACUCUCCUAAGACACUCUAACACAAAAAAAUCUGUAGGUUACUGCAGAGGUGCUGGAACAAUUUGUAUACUGGGGGGUGCUGAGAGCGAUUGAACCAACUGUAAACCCAGUAUAUAAUGGAAACCAUUUCAAGCCAGGGGGUGCAGUAGCCCACACACACACCCAGUACCCUUAGUUCCAGCACCUAUGGCUUACUGAAAUAUAUAUGUAUUAGUAGGUCAUUUUAUUGAAGGAAAAUAUAUUAUCUUGAAGUGUACUAUGAUCCUUAUUUUAGUCUGUUUAUUAUAGUCAGCAGGAAACUACUAAGUAUUAAAAUAGAGAAUUAAGAACUCUACACAAUAUGUAUGUACAGUAUAUAUAUAUAUAUAUAUAUAUAUAUAUAUAUAUAUAUAUAUAUAUAUAUAUAUAUAUAUAUAUAUAUAUAUAUAAAUGGUAAUGAAUUUAGAGCUAAGCCAGAGCAUGUUUUCCACUUUAAGAGAACUAACUUUUCUUUCAACAGUUAAUGAUGUGGACAAUGUGCGGCACAUCUGUCUAACAAAUGCAAAUAGCUGUAAAGAAACAUUUUAAAAAAUGUAGCUUCUUAGGAGCUAAGGAAAAUGUUUAAUAGUAUUAAACUUUAUUGUUGGUGCUUCUCUCACAUACAAAAACAAUGGAUCCUAAAAGCACCCCCCAGUAAGAUAGUUGUAUCUCCCCUUCAGUGUCAUAGCAGGGGAUAAUAGUAACAGAGUCAUUGUACCAGGUAUAUUAUUGCUGUAUUUUUAGAGAUUAAUUUGUGUAGAUUGUGUAUAUUAUAGUUAAAUGACUUUGUGAAAAGGAAUUAAAUGUAAUAGUUUUACAGCAAGAUAACUGUUCAAUUCUAGGUCUAUGAAAUAUUUGCUUAUUUAUAUGCAGAGAUUUACCAUGCUAAAGAGUUGUCUUGUAUUUUCUUCCAUUUGUAAUGUAUCCUAUUUAUAUAUUAUUGAAGUUCUAAAUGAUGUUUAUGGUAUUUUAGUGCAUUUGUGAGCCAAAGAGAUGAUAAAAAUAUUAGCUGACACUUUUUUAUUUAUAUAAUAGUGCCCUUAAAAUAACAACUUACAGUUAAUUUUACUGAUCAUUAGGAAUUCUAACAUUGUAUAUAGACUCUAGUAUAAUGAAAUCCCUUUACUUUAAUAGACUCUUCACUUUUAUUAAUUGUAAUGUCUGCCUGUAUGUCCAGUGUUCUGAAUGCUUUUCUAGUGAAUAUUGGAUAAUAACCAAGGCCCAUGUACUUCUGUUGUAGUUCAGGUUCAAUCUCUGUGACUAGUUUAGCUAAAUUCUGGGGCAAGAUUCCUGAAGAAAAUCUGUACCAAAUCUGUGAGAUUGUUAACCAGGUUUAUUAAUGUUUUGUAGAAGGGGAAUUCACUAUGUAUUUUGGAGUUUACAGAGGAAAAGAAAAACUCACCACAGAAUGUUUAAAUACAGCUGGCUUGUCACCAUAGUUUUAACUGAUCAGACAUUUCAGAAUAUAGACACAAGAGUCAGCUGCAGCCCAUUCAGUUUUUAAUUAACUAGGUAACCAGUUCAACAAAGUACAUGAUUUUGUACUGGCAGACCAGCUAAGUAGUGGAAUCAAAUAAAGGCUCAAUAGUCCUCUGGCUACAGAAUGACUAUUAUCAUGAUAACUGAAACCUGCUGAUUCAAAAUCUUUUCAAAAUAUGCUGCUAUGGCUAUUGUACAGGAAAGUCUGUAAUAAGCUACUUUUCUUUCUGCUCUGAAAUAAAAUUUAAUCGCAUUAGAAAUAUUCUAUUAAAGGAUUGUAACGAGACACAUUUUGAUUUAAAACUACAGCAAUACUCUGUCCAAAAAGAUCCUAACACUUUGUGUUGCUUUUUCAUUUAUUUAGAGGGGGUUAGACACUCACUGCCUCGGUGCCUCACAUUAUGCCAUGUGAACAGGCUGCAGUAGCAUGAAGGGGCCCUAAAAGCCUUGGCUGUAGCCAGAAGAGAAUUCCCUUAGUACAGGCAAUGCAGAAGACAUAUGUAAGGUUGGCUUAGUUGGCAUGCUGGAGAAGGGAAGAGUGUUUUGGGGCAGGGCUACAUCACAUAGCACUAAGGAAAUUCCAGACAUCCCUGCAGCUCAUAGGACAAUCCAGGGAGUCAGCUAUAACUUACACAGCCCCCUCUAGGUCUUUGCAGCCCCUGGAGCAGCCCAGGAUUGGGAAGGUGCAAAUGUGACCAUGGUCCCCUGGGACUGCAAAUUCUGUGCUGUGCCUCACCUGUGGUCUUAAGAGUAAAUACCAGUUGGAUAUUCAAAACACCAUGUCUAACCCCUCUCAUAUAGCCAGGAAAGCCUGGGGCAUUUUGACAUUCUUUGAAUGGAAAAAUUGAGAAACCUAUUUCAAGAGUCUAACACUGGUGGGCCCAAUCUAACUUCCAGGUCCAGGGGGUCUAAUUCUGAUGUAUAAGCACUCUAUGCUUAUUUUUGUCACCAGGACUCUUCCAAAAUUUAAGGAGCUGAGUUUUGGGUGGCUAGUCAUUCCCAAGCACUGUUUUCUUUUUCUUUUCCUAGAGACCCGGUAUACCUCUCUCCUCUCUUACACUCUGUAGAAGCUUCUUCUUGAACUUCAUUAUGUUAUUACCUUAUUGCUCAUUGGAGUCAAAUUCAGGGCUUGUUUCACUUUUGUGGCUCUCUUUUUGCCUCCUAACUAUAACAUACAGAAGAUGAUCCAUAUAAUCCACCUCAAAAUCUUACAACUAUGAAGCCACCCAGUAAUCCCACUAGCACAGUUGUCUUUCUAGUAGGCCCAUCUCCUUAGGGCAAUGAUUUUACUUCACGCAGCUGGUGCAGAUAGUUGCAGUGGGCCAUGCUUCUACAGUCGUGAAUUUUGAUCUUCCAGAAUAAAUAUUCCUGACAUCUUCCCUUCUUUGAUACUAGCACCUUUGGUAUAAAAGUCAAUGAUAUAAGGUCUGAAUCCUGCUCCCAUGGAUAUUGUCAGCAUCAAUAUUGGUUCUGGCUUCAACUUUUAAAAUCAAAUGCCAUUCUCUCUAGAUGCAGGCCAUUUCUCAUUAAAAGGUUAGAGUUCUCCUACUCACAAGGCUGUUCUCGGGUGUUCAGAAACAAACUCUUCUCUUAGAAAUGAAAAGGCUGGAUUACUUUUUGAAGCAUAAGUUUCUGGAUGAAAUUUUCCCCCUCUGAAUAGUUCACUUUAUUCAAAGACCUGCUACAGAAGAUUACAGCAUCUCUCUAAUCUUCACAGUGUAUGAAAAACAUUAUGGCCUAUGCUAGUCAUUGCCAAGAUAUCUAACCAGCCUUGAAAGGGGAGUCUACCUCUUCCACACACAGCAGCAGCAGCCGCUUGUCAUUUCUUUGACCAAUUUUUAGCUUAGAGUUUAUGAUCCCCUUUAUGCCCUCACUCAGGGAGUUUCAGUGACAGUACCACUAGAGAGGUAAGAUGCAGGCUUCAUACUUUAUGCUCUAACCUUAAAAUCUUAACUUUCUGGCCCUAGUGUCCAGAUUAUCGCCACCUUACAACAAUAAUAUUUGAAGAACUCUAUAGGCUUUAGAAACAUAUGUGGAAGCUAAGUAAUAGGAUCCCCAUUUUGCAGACUGGAAAAGGACAGAGAUCAUGCAGCAAGUCCUGAAUGGUACUGGCUGGGAACAGAAUCUUGUUCUCCUGAGUAUUGUGCAAACUGUAAUUUGAUUACUACAAAUUGCUUCUCUUCCAUUUGGCACAGUUUCUUGCUUUUGCCAGAUCAGAACUACUAGACUGCUCUAGCUACUGCCAAUGAUAGUUUGGAUCUAGAAGUGACAUUUAAUAACGUAGAUCCUGCUGCCUAUCACAGAGUUAUGAAGUUUAUUUUCGAGGUGGUUCUCGCAGCCAUGAGAGUUAAAUUUAUCUUCAUAUAUGAUGUAUGGGAUUCUUUCUUUCUGGUACCACUGUAUCUUAGUUUUGUGGCAAAUGAUGCUCAAAACCAGUUUCUGGUAUCUCCUUGUGAUUGAUGUUGUCCAUUAGGAUAUUUAGCAGUAAUGACUUCCCAUCACCACCAGCACAGGGUCCUGGUUUACCCAAACUCAGACAGCUGAUUUAACAGAGCCUUAUUUAGGGGAUGGCCAUGAUCAUCAAUGAGACAAAGUCUCUCUAUUUCCCUUCCAGUAGUCAAUCUUCAUCUGAGUAAUAUUCUGUGGCUUCUCAAACAAUGACUUCUCUGCAACUCUCCUGUUCUUAAAUCCACACAGCAAUAUGUGGGGAAGGUCAGAAAGCGUGAAGCCAUGAACGAGGUGACUCAUUCCAAGAAAUACAAUUAUAGAUGAGCAACUCAAUUUUCCUGAUGUAACGAGUUGGUAAUUUACUCUGAGGUUGUGAUUUCUUCUUUAAAAUCUUACUGACAAGCUCUGUAUUGUUAAGGUGGGUGAAUUCAAAGUAUCUUGACAAAUGGCAAAUAGAGGGAAGAUGCCAAACUAGAAAUUGUUGCUUCAGUGUUUACUAGCUGAUGUAUUAGAUUUGGAAAAGGAUAACCAAAGCAGCUGUUGAUUUUAAGUAGGAAAAGUUCCAGUUUCAGUUGUUAGAACCCCUUUUUGGAGAACACAGUAAGAUUCUACCAUUUCUGGCGGACAGACAGAACCAGGGUUCUCGAGAGUAGCCCAGAAUUUUAAAAUCAUCAUUUAUUCAGGGCACAACAUGUUUUUUGAAUGGUGACAAAUAAAAAGAGAUUUUUUUAAACAGAAUCUCUGUGUUUUGUGGCAAAAAGAAUUGUGAAAUUAUAAAAAUGAUAUGCAAUGCAAUUUACAUUUUUCAAUAAAAAUUUAUCUUAAAAUUGUU